AUGACCCUCUCAGACUAUCGCAGUUCUCCAAAGCUCCAAGAUCUGCACCUGCACAGCUGCCGAGGCUCCCUGCCUUUCGAGGACCUGAACCCGAAUCCGACCGCCCACUCCUUUCCAGCUGCUCCAGGAAGACUCGAGAAAGGAGGCCCUCAAGGCACGGUUCUCCUCCGCCACCAAGUCCCAGGCCUGCGGGCUCACCCUGUCUCCUUCCUCGCCCGGGCCUGGGUGGUCUGGGCAGCCGCGCCCCUGCCCCAGCUGCGCCUUGAGCGCGCGCCCAGGCAGCUCUCUUUUGCCAGCGCUGCCACGCUCACCUGGGCCCGGAGCCUGGGCGGCCGCCGGCUGCACGCCACUGGGUGUGAGGGAACGCCGCGCUGGCAGACCCGGGCUUCGGCCCGGGAGCUGUGCCUCCAACCCGGAAGAACAGCCCCAACCCCGCCGCCGCGGCGACCGCCACGUGACUGCAGCGCUACCCACUCUCGGGCCCGGCGCCCCCUCCCCACUCCCUUUCUGGGCGCUGGUCUUCUUCCUGCCAGGUCCCCUCUUUCGGAAUGCGAAAGAUACCUCAAGAAAAUGCCCCCUUUGAGCGCAAAAGCCGGUUACCCCCAAAGGGUCUCUCCACUCCAAGAGGCAGCCCAAACCUCUUUGUCUCGGCUGGACCCAGGAGACCCCAGCCCCGCCUCCGCGCCUUCCCUAGGCCCGUCCUUGUCAAUCAAACCUGGUGCCAAACUCUGCCACCGAAGUUUUCAGGAAUUCAUUUGUCCUCUUCCCCCUAGAGAAUCAGUUACAAAGUCUAAGAACAAAGCCAGCCUAGAAGUCGUCUUGCAAUACUGUUAGAUAUCCAACGUCUGGAACGGAACGCAACCUCAGUGGACUUUUAUUAACUUUACUAACCAGGCCUAAGCUACUUUCGGCAACAUUAUAAAAGAACUUCAAAACUAAUGACUUGAUCAUUCUUUUCGAGUAAUUCUGUUACUUAUUCUGCAGAUGUAUUCAGGCUAAAAGUGGGAGAACAAAACAUGGAGUGUAAAAUGAUCACUUACACAAAGUUGAAUCAUAAAGUCUCACCGUAAAGGUCA